CGUAGCCUAGUGGCAAGGGUGGGCAGUGGCGCACCGUGCAGCCAGGGUUCGAAUCCUGUCAGGGUUGAAUUUCUGGUUUCUCACCUGGGUGGGUUUCUUCUAUAAAACUAAGUCCUGGGUGCUAGUGCCCAUGGAUCUCAUUAUCGGACGUUCGUGCCGUUCCGGGAGGUCAAGGACGUCAAGACGCCGCUCGACCAGGCCAUGCAGAAGCACCUCUCCUUCGGGUUCGUCACGUUCCUGGAGCGCGAGGACACCGCCACCGUCAUGGACAACAUGGAGGGCGCCGAGCUCUUCGGCCGCGUCCUCACCGAGAACUACACCUUCCCCGAGAAAAUCAAUGGAGGGGAGCAGGGAUGGGCCGCGCAGCCAAGUAUGUCAGGCGUCCUGUGCUUCUCAUCUGUUCAACUACGUUAUGACCUGCUUUCGUGCUUGCCUGCCUGGUUGCUUCACAGCAGGAUUUGGGCUGCCAAAUGUUUUUCUUACCUGGUAUGA